CCGGGCGCCGCCGCCCUGGCCGCCAUGUGCUCCCAGCUCUGGUUCCUGACGGACCGGCGCAUCCGCGAGGACUACCCUCAGGUGCAGAUCCUGCGCGCCCUCCGGCAGCGCUGCUCCGAGCAGGACGUGCGCUUCCGGGCGGUGCUCAUGGACCAGAUCGCCGUCACCAUCGUCGGCGGCAACCUCGGCCUGCAGCUGAACCAGAAGGCGCUCACCACUUUCCCAGACGUGGUGCUUGUCCGGGUGCCCACACCCUCAGUGCAGUCGGACAGUGACAUCACCGUCCUGCGACACCUGGAGAAGUUGGGCUGCCGCUUAGUCAACCGCCCACAGAGCAUUCUAAACUGCAUCAACAAAUUCUGGACAUUCCAGGAGCUGGCUGGACAUGGGGUCCCCAUGCCGGACACCUUCUCCUAUGGUGGGCAUGAAGACUUUUCAAAAAUGAUCGAUGAAGCCGAGCCGCUGGGCUACCCGGUCGUGGUGAAGAGCACACGCGGACACCGGGGAAAAGCUGUUUUUCUCGCAAGAGAUAAACACCACCUCUCAGACAUCUGCCAUGUGAUCCGCCACGAUGUGCCCUACCUGUUCCAGAAGUACGUGAAGGAGUCCCACGGAAAGGAUAUCCGGGUGGUGGUAGUAGGUGGCCAGGUGAUAGGCUCUAUGCUUCGCUGCUCCACAGACGGACGGAUGCAGAGCAACUGCUCUCUCGGUGGCGUGGGUGUCAUGUGCCCACUGACAGAACAAGGCAAGCAGCUGGCUAUCCAGGUGUCCAACAUCCUGGGCAUGGACUUCUGUGGCAUCGAUCUCCUCAUCAUGGACGAUGGCUCCUUUAUGGUGUGCGAAGCAAAUGCCAACGUGGGUUUCCUAGCCUUUGACCAGGCCUGCAACUUAGAUGUGGGCGGGAUCAUUGCGGACUACACCAUGUCCUUGCUGCCCAACAGGCAGACUGGGAAGAUGGCUGUCCUCCCAGGACUGUCUAGUCCCAGGGAGAAGAAAGAGCCAGACAGCUGUGCUUCAGCUCAGGGAGUCACAGAGAGCGUCUACGCCAUCAACAGCGGGUCUACCUCUAGCGAGAGCGAGCCUGAACUGGGAGAGAUCCGGGGGUCCUCAGCAAGCACAGCGGGGGCCCCGGCCCCCAUGCUGCCCGACCCUGGCUACAACAUUAACACCAGGAUUGCUUCAGAAUUAAAACUUAAGUGA